AUGUUGGGACUGAAUCAUCUUCUACUAAAGGCAAACGACAGCCCGAGUAAAGAUGGGGAAACCAAGCUUCGCUAUCGCGUCUUUUGGGGAAUCAUCCAGAAUAUUGAAGUCAAUAAAAAGACUAGCCAAAAAGCUUUAUUGAGACUCCAGAUGCAAGCAGACGACGACGAGGAUGACGAUGAUGGAGAAGAAGAAGAAAGUGAAACUGCCGUCUUUCAAAUGAAGGACCGAACCACUCUAUUGGAUCUCAAGAAGGAUAUCCAAGAGCGCAUGAAACAGUUCCGUGGUGGGACAUCUACUAUGGAGAUCAAAGAUGUAUCCAUGAUGAGCGUCAUGGGAGACUCCUCGCAACAGUCAUCCUCUCGCGUAAGAUUCUCGUCCACAACAGUCGAAAUUCAUCCAGACGUGCUUGUGGCUCCACCUGCUGCGGCCAGGGAUGGAUCGGCCAAGGAGCCAGCACGAAGGACCGUCAGUGCCCCCAUGCCACCGUCCUCCAGCACCAUGGCAAACUCAUCGCCGCGAAAGCAAAAGGGCCUGCGAAAUCGUGCGGCCCAAAACCCUGGUGCGGUCCCGGUAAUGGAACCGAAUGGGGCGACGAGCCAACAAGCCGGUUCUGGGAACCAACCAUCCGCAUCCAUGUCUGCUGCUCCAAAGUCACCUCAAAGGGAAAAGGGGCUCCGAAGUAAUAAUGCGCCCACGAACCACCCCGGAGCUGUAAGGCCUCAGAACACAAACAGAAAGAAAAAGGGGCUUCGAAAUGCUGCUGCUGCUGCUGCCAACAACCCUGGAGCUGUCUCUGCUGUAUCUCGAAGCAGCAUCACAGUACCUGCACCCACUCGACACGAAGAACCGCCUGCAUCUCCAAAUCAUGGACAGGGCGUGGCCGCAGAGGAGGGCACUACUACUACGAAACGUAAAUCUGAAACUGACGAGGAAACGGCUUCCGUGAGACCGGCUGAUUCCGUGAGAGAUCCAUCUGCACUCAUGGUGGUGGCUACUUUGGUACCCGACGACGAAGAAGAAGAAGACAGGGAUGACAGCGACAAGAUUCUAGUAGAGGCACAUGAAGUCGAAAUUCCGGAUUUGAUUUGUGACCGACGAAUGAAAGUCAUCCUUGCCAUUCUCGUCGUCCUGGUUGUUUUGGUGGUUAUCAUCAGUGUCUCUGUGGUGUUGUCAUCCUCUUCUUCGUCUCCCGAGGAGCAGGCAGCCAUUGUCGAUCGUGACAUGGCACGACGACAAGCACGGGAAUGGGUGGAGAAUCAUCCGGAAGCGGGCACUUUCGAGCCAUGGAGAGCGGAUCAAUUGCUGGCAUUGGCAACGCUGUCAUUUGCCAUGAAUGCACCGGCGGAUUGGCUCGAUGCCAACACACACGAAUGUGAAUGGCCAUUGCCGGAUAUCGAUCGUCAAAAGCCGCGGUGUAGUGUGGGCGGACGGUACCGGGUGUUGGAUCUGGAACGAGCCGCGACAGAUCCGGGGUUCAUUCCAUCGGAAAUUGCCUUGCUGAAAGAAUUGACAAUCGUGGACCUCAUUGGAAAUGACCUGUAUGGGGAGCUUCCCUCGGAGAUAAGCGAGCUUGUAUCUCUGACGAAACUUUCGGCAGAUCGUAACGAUCUCGAUGGUCCAAUCCCUUCUGAAUUGGGAUUGCUGACCAACCUCAACUUUGUCUCUUUGGACCAAAAUGAUUUAGAGUCAACCAUCCCCUCCGAGUUGAUGGCGCUGACCAAGAUGGAGCUUCUAUCCAUCGGCGGCAACCGAAUCAGCGGAACCAUACCGUCUCGCUUGGGGGAACUUUCACAGCUCUCUGAAUUGGCGCUCGCAAGGAAUAAACUUUCCGGGCAAAUUCCUACUGCAGUAGGCAAAUUGACAUUGCUGAUUUCGCUGGAUCUGUCUUCCAAUGACCUGGUCACAUCCAUUCCAUCGGAGAUUGCUCUGUUGAGUCAGCUAGAGCGUUUGGAUCUGCGAGACAACAAAUUUACUGGGAGCUUUCCACUGGAACUGGCACUCCUUCUAGGAAACACAAGCAACACGCUUGACGAUGAAUCCACAAAGGGCCUUGUUCUUGUUUCCACUGAGCUUCAAGCCAACCCGCCGGAUGCAUCGGCACCAACACCCUCGCCCGAGGCUAUUGGUAGGAUUACGGGAGCACCAACUACUACAGCGGUUCCUGCUGUCAUUCAGUACUUGGAAACACUGCAAGUAACUUCCGCAGGGGUGUUUGAGGACCCUGGUUCCCCUCAGUACCGGGCCGCCGUCUGGGUUGCGGAAGGGGAUAGCUACGCAUUCAGCAUGGGCUUGUCCAUUGAAGAGCCCAAGCUCCUGCAAAGAUAUGCCUUGGCUGUGUUCUAUCACGCAACAGGGGGAGAUAAUUGGAAGUUUUGCGGAAAGAAUUCGCCUAGUUGCGGUGACACGCAGUGGUUGUCUGUCACAGACGAGUGUGAAUGGUUCAGUUUGAGUUGCGACGAGAGUGGUGCUAUUUUCCAAAUUAGCUUUCCUGCAACAGGCAUUGAUUUGAAUGGAAUUUUACCUGCCGAGCUGUCGUUAUUGGCUGGCUUGAAGAGAUUCUUGGCCCCCGAGAACGCUUUGAGUGGAGAUUUGGAUGUUGCAUUUGGCAGCUUGACGAGCUUGGAGAGUAUUGCCCUUCCUGAUAAUCGACUGGAGGGUGCUAUUCCCACGGGCAUCCUUGAAAUGAACCAAGGUUUGGGUUUGCUCGCCUUGGGCGGAAACCAGUUCAGUGGUCCUAUUCCAAACGGCAUUACCAAAGCUUCCAGGCUCCAUGAUCUGCAACUUCCAUUCAACGCUAUCACUGGAACCAUUCCAAUUGGCAUGGGCAACCUCACAAACCUUGUAAACCUUGAGAUCCAGCGCAACCGGAUCGUAGGAUCCAUCCCUGAUGCCCUCUUCUCUUUGACCAAUCUUCGUUCCCUUUCGCUUCGGGAAAAUGCUGGCAUAUCUGGUGGAAUUUCUCCUCUGAUAUCCCAGUUGACUAGUUUGAGCGUUGUACAAAUGGGGUUUACCGGCCUUGAGGGGUCACUUCCUCAAGAGCUCUUUGAAUUAACCGAUUUGUCAGAGCUCAACCUCGAAAAUGCUGGUUUCUCGGGAACAAUCCAUGAAGCUAUUCGACAGCUCAAUGCUUCUCUCAUGGACCUCUUCUUGAAUUUCAACGCUUUCAGUGGUCCAGUGCCAGAAGCAUUUGACCAUUUGACUGCACUUGAAACGCUGCAAAUCCAGGGGAAUCUGUUGACUGGGAGCAUCUCUUCGGCCGUGUGCGCUGAACGAGGGUUGCGGUUUCAACAACUUUCGAGGCUCAUUGUAGAUUGUGAGGUGCAAUGCACCUGCUGUGAUAAUAGUGAUAACUGUGAGGAGUGA